GGCAUUCCAAAUUCAACCGGUGGAUAGACGCACGAUAGAUCUCCCCCGCGCAAUCGCAUGAACGGCGCCAUGGAUUCCCGCCGCCGCAUCGACCCCGCGGAAGAAGCGCGCCACCGGCAGGUGAUGGACAGCCUCGGCCUGUACGACGCCGACUGGGCUUUUUCCAAGACCUUGGAGCAGUCCGACGUCCAGUCGGGGCAGAACCGGCUGCUCCUCACCAAGGAGACGGUGCGGGGCGGCCCUAUCCCCAAGUUCUUCCCGGAGCUGGAGGAGCUUGGCGACGACGGCCUGAACGCCCAGAACAAGGUCUCGGUCAAGGUCCUCGACGCGGAGGGCCACGAGAAGGAUGUGCACCUCCGCUACCUCAACUCCAACAGGGCGUACCGGGUCGUGGGGUCUGACUGGAGGAGGCUAGUGGAGGAGAGCCACAUGUGCAAGGGAGACCGCCUCGACAUGUACGCGUGCAGGCGCGGCGACGGCGAGCGCUGCCUCUUCGUGUUCAGGAGCAAGGGCGGUGGCGAUAGCUCCUCGUGCACCGGACGUAAGCGCACCCGACAGCCUACCUUCCCAGCUCGCUAUGCUGCCGACGACGACGACUUCGUCGAUGCUAGCCGUGCUGGUCAUCGGAGCGGCAAGCGACAUUGCAACAACCACUAUUAUGUAGACGCCGAUAACACCGCAAGCCAUCGGAGAGAUCGUGGGAAAAAGCACAAGCGAGCUAAGAGCGGCCAUGUCAGAAGAGAAGAUCCUAUGCCGGUUGUGGCCGACGACGAUGUGAACGCUUGCACCGGCGGUUUCCAGGGUGAUUACGGCUGUUACAAAGCCGAGAGGACAAGGGUAGAUAAAGCACCUUGGACAUUGACGAACUACAGUGGCAAGGAACAAGAAGCUGCCAAAGGCCUCUUAAUGUUGAAAUAUGCUAUUUUUGCUGAGCACUAUAAUGGUAGCAUUUAAUUGCUUCCAUACUGUUAGGAGUUAAUCAGGGCUGUUUUUCAGCACUUCGUAUAUACUGUAAUGGACCCGAUUACGUAGGCAGGCUAGUUUUGAUUUAUUUUUUCGAUUAGGCAAGUUUUUAUCUCUUCAUAUUAGUUUAUAUAUAUAGUUCAUUGUGUAAUUUGAGAGAAUAGUUACAAGAAAAGGUUGUGGUUGAGCUC